AUGGGGAAUAAGCAAGGCCAAACCCAAGGAGAUCCCAGAAAUCAAAUAGUUGACGUCCAUCGUAAGAUGACAAGGAUACUUUCACAGCCAAAACCUGUUCAGCCUCCACCAGAGAACUCAUUUAUCCUAAAAGAGUUCGAACAACGCCUGAAUGAACUAAAGCUGCCAUCAGACCAAAAAGCUCUCCUCAUGAAUCAGCCCAUCGAAAUCAAAUGGCAGCUCCUUUGCAAAUAUAUGGAAUCCUCUCGUGCUCAGUCUGAUUCAAGCCUCCCAGCAGAAGAAAUAAUAGAAGAAAUUAAAAGAAACCCAACGACUGCAGGAAUUAAAAAAGCAAAAAUUUGGCUUAAAGAUGCGUCUAAAAAAGAUAUAGAGCGAUUUAUCGAUUGCGAUGGAAACGAAGAGCUUAUAAAUGUCCUGAUUGUGUCAGAAGAAAUAUCCCAAAGGACAAAGGAUUAUAGAAGACAGCAUGAAAUAUUAAAAUGCCUGAAAAUCAUUGCAAAAAACCCAUAUGGUAUUGAUGAUUUGAUUUAUGAAGAAGAUUAGCAUUAACAUUAUUAUUGAAAGGCUCACAGUAAACUCAGACGGCCUCCUCCACCCCUUCACGCUUCACCCAGCUGCUCACCGCCGAUCGAGCACGACCUUCAAAGUGUUGCUCCUACUGGACGAGGAUGUGCACUCGCUACCCUUAGUUGGAUGGGUUGCACCACUGUGCUGUACGUCAACAGAAGUUGCCCAUUCCGAAAAUUUGAAAACACAAUUUUUUUGGGAGGACUGUCGGCUAAAAUAGAAAUCCAAAGCCUGGAACGUAACGCCCAGUUUAAUGCGAGGGAGUAGCCCGAUGGAUCAAGUCAAAGCUCCAGGGGCUACUGAGCUUCCCAUUUCCAGCUUCGAAAUACCAUUUCACCUGAGGAAAAACCCUGGUGCCAGAUGAGCUGCGGUCAAAUUCGAUGCUGCGCUCUACUGUGCCAAUGAAAAACCUAGCUGGGUAUACAACGGAGCGCCAAUUUCCCUUCCACAAGAUCCCUGGCACCUAGCAGACCUUCGAAUGCAGGUGUUGAGAAAAAGGGCUGAUUCGCCAUCGCCAUUUUAAUGUAUAUGAUUUAUGAAGAAAGCACAGUAGGAAUAUUAGCUUUGAACAUGCAAAGUGAGGACGAAAAACUUAACGCAUUGACUAUUGAAGUCCUGACAGACGUUUGUUGGGCAAGCAAUCAUGGCUAUGAAAUGGUGCUGAAAGCAUUAGAAAUUCAUGCAGUGGAAAGAAAAAUGCCAAAUAGAUUCCAAUUUUUAAUCAGCGAGUUGGGCAAGUCGAGCACCAAAACAAAACUUGUUUUAAUGAAUUUUAUAAAUACUUUAGUAGAAAGUCCAUUGGAAAUUUCAACAAGACAAGCUAUAAGAUCUGAGCUAUUAAUGCUAGGUAUAAAAGAUAUACUAACAAAGUUUCAAAGUGAAAUAGGGACUGAAAUCAUGACAUCUGAAAUUUCUGCGGCUACAUAAUUUUAACAAAAAAUAGGUAGAAAUGCUGCAUCCAUGGUAUAAUUCUACCUAAAAAUUAAAUAGAAUAAAAAAAUUUUAUAUCAAUAAUCGGAUAAAAAUAUUUUUCCAUUUCUGCAGUUAAGCACAAUUUGGAUAAAAAACGUAAACAAGCAAUCAAGAAGGAAGAAAAAAAAGAUGAGCACAGAAAAAAAAAUAAUGAUAUUAAAAGAGGCUCAGCCCUUGUAACUUUUGAUCCUGAUGAAAUUAUUGAAGCUAGAACAAGAGGUAGCAUUUUACAAGACUCCAGAAAAAAAAAUACAGUCGAAAUUGGAGGCUUACCUAUAAUAAGAGAAGCAGAUGAGGCAUUAAAAGUUUUUGUCCAGAACAAUAGAGACACACAACUUCCUGCUAUCCAAAGUAGCGACGAAAGCUCAUCAGACGAAAAUGAAGAAGACAGCGAAUUAAUCCAAGAACUCCUAGUACAAAUUGCCUUAUUCCUAGACAAUUGUAGUGAAGGAACCCAGCCAGAAGUUGAUGUUAAAGCCCUGAUAAAAAUCCUUGAAAAAAAUGCUGCAUCAGCUCAAUCAUAUUCAGCAUUUCUAUCAAUGAUUCAAAAAUUAACAUUUAUACCACCAGAACCUCUUCUAGGCAACAAAAUAUGGGAAAAAAUAUCACAAAUUGUCGCACAGCUUACUGAGGCUUCUAGAGAAAAUCUUGAACUGUCAAAUGACUUUAGGCUUGAUGAAAUAAAAGAAAAUCAAAAAGAAAUUGUCGAGAAAUUAAAAAAAUUAGAAAACCUUGAACAGAAUUUAGAAGCGAGGGAUAAAGAAAUUGAGAAGGUUAGGAAAGAAAAAUAUGAGCUAGAAGAACAGCUGCAGGCGCUUGAUAUAGGAAAGCAUAGGGAAGAAGUGAAAGAAUUUACUGAUAUUAAGCAAGUGCUGGUGAAAAUGGAGAGUGAAAAAGUAAAAUUGAAUGAAGAACUAGAAAUGUCAAGAGAAAUCAUAAAGAAGCUUGAGGAAUUGAAUGAAAUUGAAAAUAGAAAUAAAGAGCAGUUGGAAAGAAAAGUGGCUGACUCCCCUCCAGAACGAGGAAAACUAUUAAAAAUCCCAUAUUUUUUAGGAGAACAAAAUUUUCAGUAAGACAAUUAAAGUUUUUUUAAUAUAACUCCCCCCCCUCCGUGAGUGAACAAAAACAGUAGAAAAAUCGCUAUUUUUUGCCCAAAAAAACCCACCCUCCGUGAGUGAACAAAAAUUUUUUUAAUAAAAAAUUUUUUAUGGAAAAAAUUUUUGAUAUAUAAAUAAUAAUUAUUAUAAUGAAAUCUAGAGCUAAUUCUGUUUAAUUUUAAACGAAUUGCUUUUUAAAACAUAAAUUUUAUAAAUUAAAUUAAUAUUUGCUUUCCAAUUUUUGCGAAUUAGGAUUUUUUUAAAUUUCGAAAAAUAAUGUUAUAAAAAUUUUAUAUAAUAAUUUUUUUAAAAAAAAAAAUAUUAACCCCCUCCGUGAGUGAACAAAAUUUGUUUGUUUCACUCACGGAGGGGGGGAGUAAGUAUUUUUUAUAAAAAAUAUUUUAUAUAUAUAUAUAUAUGAUAGUUAUUAUAGUGAAGUCUUUAGUUAAUUUUAUUUUUUUUUGGAGUAAUUUGCAUUUUUAAAAGACAAAUUUGGAAAUGAAGUAAUUUUUACUUUCUAACUGCAAUUUUUAAAAAUUUUGAAAAAAGUUAUAUAGCAAAUGUCUAAAAAAAAUAAACUCUUAUGGGUGAACGAAAUUUUUUGCUCGAACACGAAAAGAGGGAGUGAGCUAUAUGGUCAACUACAAAAUAUAGGGCAGGAACAAAAUUCGCAAAAUAAUGUACCUGUACCUCCUCCAAUACAUAGUAAUAUUCCGCCGCCCCCUCCAAUGCCAAAUAAUGCUCCUCCGCCGCCUCCAAUGCCAAAUAGAACUCCUCCACCUCCCGCAAUGCCAAAUAAAGCUCCUCCGCCUCCACCUCCCCCAAUGCCAAAUAAUGCUCCUCCACCACCUCCAAUGCCAAAUAGAACUCCUCCACCGCCACCUCCGCUAAUGCCAAAUAGGACUCCUCCACCGCCACCUCCGCCAAUGCCAAAUAAUGCUCCUCCGCCACCUCCAAUGCCAAAUAGAACCCCUCCACCUCCACCUCCCCCAAUGCCAAAUAACGCCCCUCCACCACCUCCUAUGCCAAAUAGGACUCCUCCACCGCCACCUCCACCUAUGCCAAAUAAUGCUCCUCCACCACCUCCUAUGCCAAAUAGAACUCCUCCGCCUCCGCCUCCACCUCCGCCAAUGCCAAAUAGCGCUCCUCCACCACCUCCUAUGCCAAAUAGAACUCCUCCUCCGCCGCCACCUCCUCCAAUGCCAAAUAAUGCUCCUCCACCUCCACCUCCACCAAUGCCAAAUAACGCGCCUCCGCCACCUCCAAUGCCAAAUAGAACACCUCCACCUCCGCCAAUGCCAAAUAAUGCUCCUCCACCACCUCCAAUGCCAAAUAGAGCUCCUCCACCUCCACCUCCCCCAAUGCCAAAUAGUGCUCCUCCACCUCCUCCAAUCCCUGGCCAAAGAGGUAAUCCUCCGCCGCCACCUCCUCCAAUGUCAAAUAGCGCUCCUCCACCUCCUCCAAUCCCUGGCCAAAGAGGUAAUCCUCCUCCACCACCUCCUCCAAUGUCAAAUAGCGCUCCUCCACCUCCUCCAAUCCCUGGCCAAAGAGGUAAUCCUCCGCCGCCACCUCCUCCAAUGUCAAAUAGCGCUCCUCCACCACCUCCAGGCCCAGGUCAGAGAACUGCUCCUCCACCUCCAGGGCCAUCCAUGAUGACAGUCCUUCGACAAAAAGUGAAAAUAAACCCUGCAGUGCCUAUGAAAUCUCUAUUUUGGACCCCUGUCCCUGUCCAAAAACUUGAAAAAUCCAUCUGGAACAACGCAGAUGAUUCAAAAGUCAACUUAGACGUAACUUUACUUGUCGACCUAUUUGCUCAGAAAAAAGCACCUGAGAAAAAAGAAGCCAACGGCGAACAAAAAGAAGAGAAAAAAGAAGAAGUCAAAAAAAUAGAAAAAAUCAGCCAUUUAUCUAAAGAAAGGCGGCAAACAGUCGAACUCAUUUUGGGGAAAUUGAGACUUUCCCAUUCUGCAUUAGUUGAAGCUUUUCUUUCAGCUGAUACCCAAACAGUCAGUGAAGGUGCAUGGUCAUCAUUAAAAGGUGCAUUACCAGACGAUAGUGAAAUGCAACUAGUUACCAGCUAUGAAGGAGAUUUAGAUUUACUAGCACCUUCAGAUAGAUUUUUCUACGCACUUAAAGAUGUCCCUGGAUUCAAGUUCAGAGUAGAAGCUAUUAUAUUUACUUUUACCAAUGCUGAGCUGAUAGGUGAAUUAACCAAAAAAGUUGAAAAAAUUGAAGGGACUUAUUCAGCGCUGAAAAGUAGUGAAAAAUUAAAGGCGGUACUAGAAAUUGUUUUGGCUUGUGGGAAUUAUUUAAAUGGGACUAGUGCAAGAGGUGGAGCUUUUGGGUUUACUAUUGAUUCGCUAGCUAAAGUGGUUGAUAUGAGAGGACAAGAUGGGAAAACGACACUUUUAGACUAUAUUAUAACUUUCUGUGAAAAAAAUAAGCCUGAGCUGUUAGGGCUAAUACAGGAUUUCUCUGAUAUUGAUUUUGUAUCAAAAUUCCCAUUAUCACAGCUUGCUAUUGACUUAAAUGAAGUAAAUGCGAAGGUCAAUUUGGUUAAAAAAGCGAUAGAUUCACAAAGUGUGAGAGCUGCUGAUAAAAUAAGUGAAAAAUUAUCAAAAUUCUACCAAGAAGUAAGCGAAACUGUUAAUCAAUUAAAAUCAAGAAUUCAAGCAUUAGACACAAAAUUCCUUGAGCUUUGUGAUCUUUAUGUUAUAAAUGCUAAAGAUUUGAAACCUGAAGAGCUUUGUGACAAAUUUAAUUAUUUUAUCUCUUUUUAUAUAUGAAUAAAUCAUCAGUACAUAAAAUUUAUUAUUAAAAAUAUACAGAUUUUAUCAAUGACUAUGAUUUCGACUUUAAAUCAAAAAGCAUUUUAUAGGUGAUAAAUAUAUAUCAUCAUUUGAAACCAAUAAAAAUAAGUACUUUAAAGCCAAAGAAGACCAAGAAAAAAAAGCAAGAAUUGAAGCAAGAAGACAGGCUGCGUUGCAGCAAAAACAAGAAAACUCGUCAAAAGCUGCUAAUUCGAAAGCGCUUGCAGAUGAAAUUAAAAAUAAACGACAGCAAAAAGAAGAAAAUAAUGGGAGAAGAGUGUCGAUUAGAAAUGCAAAUCAAAACUCAUCAGUUGAUAAAAUGAUGCAAGAUAUAGAAGCAAGACGAAUGUCGAUUAUGCCAAAAAGAAAUUAA